GAUGUCAGACUUGAUGACAAAACAGUUGUCAUCACUGGAGCCAAUACUGGGAUCGGGAAAGAAACUGCUAUUGAUCUGGCUAAAAGGGGUGCAAGGAUCAUCAUGGCAUGUCGAGACAUGGAAAAAGCCAGUGGUGCACUGAAAGAGGUUACGGAAGCUUCUGGAAACCAAAAUGUGGUGAUACAGAAACUAGAUCUGUCAGAUACAAAAUCAAUUCAGGAGUUUGCAGAGUUGAUCAAAAAAGAGGAGAAGCAACUGAACAUUCUAAUCAACAAUGCUGGAGUGAUGGUGUGUCCAUAUGGUAAAACAGCAAAUGGCUUUGAGAUGCAGAUCGGUGUGAAUCACUUUGGACAUUUCCUUUUGACCUACCUGCUCCUCGACUUGAUAAAAAAAUCUGCCCCCGCCAGGAUUGUCACUGUCUCUUCCAUGGCCCAUUCAUGGGGCACAAUCAACCUCGAGGACAUCAAUAGUGAGAAGAGCUAUGACAAGAGGGCAGCCUAUAGCCAGAGCAAGCUGGCCAAUGUCCUGUUCACACGCUCACUGGCCAAGAAGCUCACAGGCACUGGUGUGACAACAUAUGUCCUGCACCCGGGAGUGGUACAGACAGAUCUCUGGCGACACCUCAACAAAGCGCAACAGGCACUUAUGUGGAUGGUCAGCCCCUUCACUAAGACCUCUGUGCAGGGAGCACAGACCUCCAUCUACUGUGCUGUUGCCCCUGAGUUGGCCACAGAGAAUGGUGGAUACUACAGUGACUGUGCUCCAGCAUCCUGCUCCAGACUUGCCUCUGAUGACAGUCUGGCUCAGCGCCUGUGGGAUCUCAGCUGCAAGAUGCUCGAUAUAACAUGGGAAUAAAGAUAGCUUUAAUGCUGCUACUGCCUCUAAGGGAUAUUCUGUGUGGACAGGAUAGACAGUUUGAUGUUUACAAAACAGCAAAACCAAAGCACAGGCUGUAACCACUCCAAUAUCAUAAAUGUCUUUAUAAUUAUAUUGCAGUAUGAUAAAGAAGUUUCCUAUUGAGGACUACAUGUUUUUAUGUGUUGAAAUGACAACUACUGUAAGCAUAACCAUUCCGUGCAUGAAUAUAUUUUGUACUAAUUAUCAAAUGUUUCUGAUUUGCAAAUAUUUUUUACUAAUGUUUUUAAUAACAUACAGUCGAACGAAGAGGAAUUUUCAUAAUUAUUUUUUUGAAGAUAAAUGUAGUAUUUAACAUCUUAAUAAAGCUACAGAUGUCUGGAUUUUGAGAUCCAA